GGAGCAGCCACACAGGGAAAAAAAGAAGUUAAAAUCAACUCAGCAGUGAGAGGAGGGAGGGAGAAAGAGAGAGAGAGAGAAGGGGGGGGGGGGAAACGCCCUGGAAACUUUGUAUGAUCGAAAAGUUGGAGAAGUGAUAGAAUCCCGUCAAACAAAGUUGAGAAGCGCUCUUCUUGGGCUGGGGAGACGGGGAAGACGACACAUUGUUUUCAAGGAUGCUCAAGCUUGUAUGAGGCUUCUCGGGCGCAACAAGUUGCGCACAGAAGUCAAGAAAACGAGAACCAACGCAUCAGACAGAAGCCCUGUCCUCGCUUGAGCUGUCCAAGAAAAACUAAGGGGUGACGUUCUUUCCCACCAGAACUUGAACGCAAGAAACAAAACAAGAUGGCUGAAGAAGAGGAAACACGGGAAGUGCUCUUUCCAGACUGGGAGGGUCCAGAUAAAACAGGCCUAACUAUUGAACAGACACGUGAAGGAGAGAUUUUUGUAAAAGAAGUGAAAGGAGAGUCACCGGCUGCACGAUCUGGGAAAGUAUAUGAAGGUGACCAAAUUGUGGGCGCAACAAUCUAUUUUGACAACAUGAGCUCAGAAGAAACAGCUGAGCUGCUGAAGACUCUUAACCGUCACAAGGUUGGAUUGAAACUCCAAAAUAAAGAUAAAUCACCAUGCUGCUCCCCCCUGAGCACACCAUGUCGUUCCCCAAUGGGCACCUUGACAUGGGAGGGGAAAAUGGGAAGCUCCAGUCCAGACAUCAUUCUCAGUGGGGAUGAUGAGGACUAUAAAAGGAUUUACACAAGGAAGAUCAAACCAAGGCUCAAGUCUGAAGACCUCGCAGAAGGAGUAGAUGUUCGCACAGAGCGGCAUAGCAGCACAAGUAGUGACGGCAGUACAAUUACAACUGUCACCCGCCGCAUCACCACCUACACUGUGGAUAUGCCAAGUGGCAUAAGUGAGCAACUUGAGCUUUCCAGCCCAGAUUUCAAGGGCCAAAGGCAAGAAUCAGGGUCUGGCUCUCCAGGAGUGAGAAUUUCAUAUGGCAGCCCUUCCAGUAAUGUGGGAGAUGAAGGAGUUUUUGAGUUAAGUAAUGAUUCUUCCAAGCUAAGGGAAAGUUCAAACACUGGUAGCAGGCAUGUUCCAAUGGGAGGCGUGAGCGGUAGUGAGGUAUUUACAACAGAUAAUGACAAUACAGAGUCAAUUCGUGUGACUCUACCUGAAAAAGGCAAGCAACCGUUUGUAACAUCCAUAGAUAAAACAAAAGAGGGUGAGGGAACAACGGGGAAAUUAGCAGAAUUUAUUGUUAGUCACACGCAUUCAAAGGAAUCAAGCUCAAUUCAUAUCCCAAGCAUCUCACUGAACAGAGGUUUCACAGAUGGUGAAAGUGAAUUGAAAGACCCGUCCGUAAAAACGACAGUCAACAUUCAAACAAAAAAGUAUCACGUUCAUGGUCCAGACGUAACUCUUGAUCAGAAAGGAGGGGAUCUCAAAAUGCCUCAGAUAAACAUAACUUCCCCUGGAACAAAGGGUUCAAAUUUUGAUGCAAAAAAUCGUGACAUGAUCAUGAGUCAGAGAACCCCACAAAUAGAAGGAAAAGUAAAUGUGGAGAUAACGGGGGAGAGCGGCUCUGCAAAAAUAAAAAAGACAAAAUUUGGAUUAAAAGGUCAGGAAGAGCAGGGCCCAAAUGUUAAUAUAAAUCUGAACAAGUCUGAUAUUGAUAUCAAGGUUCCUGAGAUUGAUGUCCUCAUAAAUCCUCAUAUCCCUGCGACAGAUCUAAAUCUAAAAGGCCCUCGCGUGAACGUGUGUGUACAAAAUACAGAGGAAAACACAAAAAUUCAUGGAAUUGAUAUCAAAGGCCCAAGAGACGACAAUAAGAUUUUGGCGGGUGAUCAAGGUCCUGAAGUGGAUGCCAGUCUAACAAAAGUUGGUUUGGACAUUCAGGGCCCUGAUUUGCCUAUACCAAAUAUUAAAGGAGUUAAUUUUGACAACACCAGCGGUAAGACCAAGGGAACGAAAUUAAAAAUGCCAAACAUCACAGUACCAGACCUCUCAAAGCCCGAAAUUGGUUUGAACGUGAAAGGCACAAAAAUCAAAGGUGAUGUGGAAAUGUCAGGACCAAAUAUUGAGGGAAAUAUUGCAGCAUCGGAAAUUAACGUCAAAGGGCAAAAAGUUGAAAUUAAAGGCCCCAAAACUGGAUUUGAAAUGCCACCGAUUGUCUGUAAAGCUCCAAAUUUAGAGGGACAUGACAUUGACAUUAAACUUUCUGAUGCUAAUAUUGAUGUCAAGGUGCCUAAAGCUGAUGUCAGUUUCCCCAAAAGAGAUGGAGACAUGAAGGGUCCCAAUGUAGAUUUUGAAAUACCAGAUGUUGACAUCGACACUCCAGAAUGGAAGAUCAAGGGACCAAAACUAAAGAUCCCCAAAAUAUCAGGUCCAAAGAUAAACAUGCCAAAUGUGGAUUUACAUAGAAAAAGCCCAGAAAUCAAAGGUGAGGUGAAUGUGUCACUACCAAAUAUUAAGGGAGAAAUUCAAACACCCAAAAAGGAUAUCAAAGGCCCAAAACUUGACAUAAAGAGCCCUGAGCCCAGAGUUGAAAAGCCCAAAAUCAAAAUGGCAGGAUUUGGCUUUGAAGGUCUGAAAAUUGAGGGUCCUGAUGUUGAUAUAAAUCUUGCCAAAACUAAUACUGCCAUCAAAGUCCCUGAGGUUGAUCUUAAAGGUGCAGGUGUUGUAGUAAAUCUCCCAAAAUCUGACUUGGAUUUAAAAAGCCAAAAAACAGACAUUGAAGGACCGGACUUUGACAUUGACAGUCCGAGUGGAAAAAUCAAGGGACCUAAAUUCAAGAUGCCAAAGAUCUCAGGGCCGCAAAUCUCAAUCCCUGAUAUGGAUUUCCAGCUGACAGGCCCAAAUAUCAAAGGUGAUGCUGAUGUGUCAAGGCCAAAUAUCAAAGCUGAUAUUGAAGCACCAGAAAUCGAAGGCCAAAAGGUUGACAUCAAGGGACCCAAGACAGGGUUUGAAAAGCCCAAAAUCAAAAUGCCAGGAUUCGGCAUGAAAGGUCCAAAAGUGGACGGCCCUGAUGUUGACAUUAACCUUCCAAAGGCUGAUAUUGAUGUCAAAGUCCCUAAAGUUGAUCUUAAAGGCCCAGAAGUUGACAUAAAUCUCCCAAAACCUGAUGUGGAUAUUAAAGUUCUAAACAUGGACAUUGAAGGACCAGAUCUUGACAUUGACUGUCCCAGUGGAAAAAUCAAGGGACCAAAAUUCAAGAUGCCAAAGAUCUCAGGGCAAAACAUAUCGAUGCCUGAUGUGGAUUUUGACCUGAAAGGCCCGAAUUUCAAAGGUGACAUUGACGUGUCAGUCCCAAAUAUCGAGGGUGAUGUUAAAGCACCGGAAAUGGAUAUUAAAGGUCCAAAAACUGACAUAAAAGGACCCAACACUGGAUUUGAAAUGCCCAAAAUCAAAAUGUCAGGAUUCGGCAUGAAAGGUCCAAAAGUGGAUGGUCCUGAUGUUGACAUUAACCUUCCCAAGGCUGAUAUUGACGUCAAAGUCCCUGAAGUUGGCCUGAAAGGCCCAGAAGUUGAUAUAAAUCUCCCAAAACCUGAUGUGGAUAUUAAAGGUCUAAACAUUGACAUUGAAGGACCAGAUCUUGACAUUGACGGUCUCAGUGGAAAAAUCAAGGGACCAAAAUUGAAGAUGCCAAAGAUCUCAGGGCCAAAGAUCUCCAUGCCUGAUGUGGAUUUUCACCUGAAAGGCCCAAAUCUCAAAAGUGACGAUGUGUCAGUUCCAAAUAUCGAGGCUGAUAUUAAAGCGCCGGAAAUGGAUAUCAAAGGCCCAAAAUUUGAUAUCAAGGGACCAGAGACAGGAUUUGAAAUGCCCAAAAUCAAAAUGCCAGGAUUUGGCUUUAAAGGUCCUAAACUGGAGGGUCCUGAUGUUGACAACCUUCCCAAGGCUGAUAUUGAUGUCAAAGUCCCUGAAGUUGAGCUGAAAGGCCCAGAAGUUGAUAUAAAUAUCACAAAACCUGAUGUGAAUAUUGAAGGUCUCAACAUGGACAUUGAAGGACCAGAUCUUGACAUUGACAGUCCCAGUGGAAAAAUCAAGGGGCCAAAAUUCAAGAUGCCAAAGAUCGCCGGGCCAAAAAUCUCAAUACCAGAUAUGGAUUUCAAUCUCAAAGGCCCAAAUCUCAAAGGUGAUGUUGAUGUGUCAGUACCAAAUAUGAAAGGAGAUAUUAAAGCACCAGAAAUGGACAUCAAAGGCCCAAAAGUUGACAUAAAGGGACCCAAGCCAGGGUUUGAAAAGCCCAAAAUCACAAUGCCAGAAUUUGGCUUUAAAGGUCCAAAACUGGAGGGUCCAGAUAUUGAUAUCAAAGUCCCCGAGGUUGAUCUCAGGGGCCCAGAAAUUGAUAUAAAUCUCCCAAAACCUGAUGUGGAUAUUAAAGGUCUAAACAUUAAAGGACCAGAUCUUGAAAUUGACAGUCCCAGUGGAAAAAUCAAGGGACCAAAAUUCAAGAUGCCAAAGAUCUCAGUGCCAAAGAUCUCCAUGCCUGAUAUGGAUUUUCACCUGAAAGGCCCAAAUCUCAAAGGUGAUGUUGAUGUUUCAGUUCCAAAUAUCGAGGGUGAUAUUAAAGCACCAGAAAUGGACAUUAAAGGUCCCAAAAUUGACAUAAAAGGCCCCAAAGCUGGAUUUGAAAUGCCCAAAAUGAAAAUGCCAGGAUUUGGCUUGAAAGAUACAAAACUGGAGGGUCCUGAUGUCGACAUGAACCUUCCCAAAGCUGAUAUUAAUGUCAAAGUCCCUGAAGUUGAUCUGAAAGGCCCAGAAAUUGAUAUAAAUUUCCCAAAACCUGACGUGGAUAUGAAAUGUCCUAAAAUGGACAUUGAAGGACCGGAUCUUGACGUUGACAGUCCCAGUGGAAAAAUCAAGGGACCGAAAUUCAAAAUGCCAAACAUCUCAGGACCUAACAUAUCGAUGCCUGAUGUGGAUUUUGAUCUUAAAGGCCCGAAUUUCAAAGGUGACAUUGAUGUGUCCGUCCCAAAUAUCGAGGGUGAUGUUAAAGCACCGGAAAUGGAUAUUAAAGGUCCAAAAAUUGACAUAAAAGGACCCAAUAGUGGAUUUGGAAUGCCCAAAAUCAAAAUGCCUGGAUUUGGCUUUAAAGGUCCAAAACUAGAGUGUCCCGAUGUUGACAUUAACCUUCCCAAGGCUGAUAUUGACGUCAAAGUCCCUGAUGUCGACCUGAAAGGCCCAGAAGUUGAUAUAAAUCUCCCAAAACCUGAUGUGGAUAUUAAAGGUCUAAACAUGGACAUUGAAGGACCAGAUCUUGACAUUGACAGUCCCAGUGGAAAAAUCAAGGGACCAAAAUUCAAGAUGCCAAAUAUUUCAGGGCCAAAGAUCUCCAUGCCUGAUCUGGAUUUUCACCUGAAAGGCCCAAAUCUCAAAGGUGAUGUUGAUGUGUCAGUUCCAAAUAUAGAGGCUGAUGUUAAAGUGCCGGAAAUGGACAUUAAAGGUCCAAAAAUUGACAUAAAAGGACCCAAUACUGGAUUUGAAAUGCCCAAAAUCAAAAUGCCAGGAUUUGGCUUUAAAGGUCCAAAAGUGGAGGGUCCUGAUGUUGACAUUAACCUUCCCAAGGCUGAUAUUGAUGUCAAAGUUCCUGAAUCUAAAAUGGACAUUGAAGGACCGGAUCUUGACAUUGACAGUCCCAGUGCAAAAAUCAAGGGACUGAAAUUCAAGAUACCAAAGAUCUCUGGACCUAACAUAUCGAUGCCUGAUGUGGAUUUUGAUCUGAAAGGCCCGAAUUUUAAAGGUGACAUUGAUGUGUCAGUACCAAAUAUCGAGGGUAAUGUUAAAGCUCCGGAAAUAGAUAUUAAAGGUCCAAAAAUUGACAUAGAAAGACCCAAUACUGGAUUUGAAAUGCCCAAAAUAAAAAUGCCAGGAUUUGGCUUUAAAGGCCCAAAACUGGAGGGUCCUGAUGUUGACAUUAACCUUCCCAAGGCUGAUAUUGACGUCAAAGUCCCUGAUGUCGACCUGAAAGGCCCAGAAGUUGAUAUAAAUCUCCCAAAACCUGAUGUGGAUAUUAAAGGUCUAAACAUGGACAUUGAAGGACCAGAUCUUGACAUUGACAGUCCCAGUGGAAAAAUCAAGGGACCGAAAUUCAAGAUGCCAAAGAUCUCAGGGCCAAAGAUCUCCAUGCCUGAUUUUGAUUUUCACCUGAAAGGCCCAAAUCUCAAAGGUGAUGUUGAUGUGUCAGUUCCAAAUAUAGAGGCUGAUAUUAAAGCGCCGGAAAUGGAUAUCAAAGGCCCAAAAGUUGACAUCAAGGGGCCAAAGAAAGGUUUUGAAAUGCCCAAAAUCAAAAUGCCAGGAUUUGGCUUUAAAGGUCCAAAACUGGAGGGUCCUGAUGUUGACAUGAACCUUCCCAAAGCUGAUAUUAACGUCAAAGUCCCUGAAGUUGAUCUGAAAGGCCCAGAAAUUGAUAUAAAUUUCCCAAAACCUGACGUGGAUAUGAAAUGUCCUAAAAUGGACAUUGAAGGACCGGAUCUUGACAUUGACAGUCCCAGUGGAAAAAUCAAGGGACCGAAAUUCAAGAUGCCAAAGAUCUCAGGACCGAACAUAUCGAUGCCUGAUGUGGAUUUUGAUCUUAAAGGCCCGAAUUUCAAAGGUGACAUUGAUGUGUCAGUCCCAAAUAUCGAGGGUGAUGUUAAAGCACCGGAAAUGGAUAUUAAAGGUCCAAAAAUUGACAUAAAAGGACCCAAUACUGGAUUUGGAAUGCCCAAAAUCAAAAUGCCAGGAUUUGGCUUUAAAGGUCCAAAACUGGAGUGUCCCGAUGUUGACAUUAACCUUCCCAAGGCUGAUAUUGACGUCAAAGUCCCUGAUGUCGACCUGAAAGGCCCAGAAGUUGAUAUAAAUCUCCCAAAACCUGAUGUGGAUAUUAAAGGUAUCAACAUGGACAUUGAAGGACCAGAUCUUGACAUUGACAGUCCCAGUGGAAAAAUCAAGGGACCGAAAUUCAAGAUGCCAAAGAUCUCAGGGCCAAAGAUCUCCAUGCCUGAUCUGGAUUUUCACCUUAAAGGCCCAAAUCUCAAAGGUGAUGUUGAUGUGUCAGUUCCAAAAAUAGAGGCUGAUAUUAAAGUGCCGGAAAUGGAUAUCAAAGGCCCAAAAGUUGACAUCAAGGGGCCAAAGAAAGGUUUUGAAAUGCCCAAAAUCAAAAUGCCAGGAUUUGGCUUUAAAGGUCCAAAACUGGAGGGUCCUGAUGUUGACAUGAACCUUCCCAAAGCUGAUAUUAACGUCAAAGUCCCUGAAGUUGAUCUGAAAGGCCCAGAAAUUGAUAUAAAUUUCCCAAAACCUGACGUGGAUAUGAAAUGUCCUAAAAUGGACAUUGAAGGACCGGAUCUUGACAUUGACAGUCCCAGUGGAAAAAUCAAGGGACCGAAAUUCAAAAUGCCAAAGAUCUCAGGACCGAACAUAUCGAUGCCUGAUGUAGAUUUUAACCUGAAAGGCCCGAAUUUCAAAGGUGACAUUGAUGUGUCAGUCCCAAAUAUUGAGGGUGAUGUUAAAGUGCCGGAAAUGGACAUUAAAGGUCCAAAAAUUGACAUAAAAGGACCCAAUACUGGAUUUGAAAUGCCCAAAAUCAAAAUGCCAGGAUUUGGCUUUAAAGGUCCAAAACUGGAGGGUGCUGAUGUUGACAUUAACCUUCCCAAGGCUGAUAUUGACGUCAAAGUCCCUGAUGUCGACCUGAAAGGACCAGAAGUUGAUAUAAAUCUCCCAAAACCUGAUGUGGAUAUUAAAGGUCUAAACAUGGACAUUGAAGGACCAGAUCUUGACAUUGACAGUCCCAGUGGAAAAAUCAAGGGACCGAAAUUCAAGAUGCCAAAGAUCUCAGGUCCAAAGAUCUCCAUGCCUGAUCUGGAUUUUCACCUGAAAGGCCCAAAUCUCAAAGGUGAUGUGGAUUUGUCAGUUCCAAAUAUAGAGGCUGAUAUUAAAGCGCCGGAAAUGGAUAUCAAAGGCCCAAAAGUUGACAUCAAGGGGCCAAAGAAAGGUUUUGAAAUGCCCAAAAUCAAAAUGCCAGGAUUUGGCUUGAAAGGUCCAAAACUGGAGGGUCCUGAUGUUGACAUGAACCUUCCCAAAGCUGAUAUUAACGUCAAAGUCCCUGAAGUUGAUCUGAAAGGCCCAGAAAUUGAUAUAAAUUUCCCAAAACCUGACGUGGAUAUGAAAUGUCCUAAAAUGGACAUUGAAGGACCGGAUCUUGACAUUGACAGUCCCAGUGGAAAAAUCAAGGGACCGAAAUUCAAGAUGCCAAAUAUUUCAGGGCCAAAGAUCUCCAUGCCUGAUGUAGAUUUUAACCUGAAAGGCCCGAAUUUCAAAGGUGACAUUGAUGUGUCAGUCCCAAAUAUCGAGGGUGAUGUUAAAGUGCCGGAAAUGGACAUUAAAGGUCCAAAAAUUGACAUAAAAGGACCCAAUACUGGAUUUGAAAUGCCCAAAAUCAAAAUGCCAGGAUUUGGCUUUAAAGGUCCAAAACUGGAGGGUCCUGAUGUUGACAUUAACCUUCCCAAGGCUGAUAUUGAUGUCAAAGUUCCUGAAGUUGAUGUAAAUAUCUCAAAACCUGAUGUGAACAUUAAAGGUCUAAACAUGGACAUUGAAGGACCAGAUCUUGACAUUGAUAGUCCCAGUGCAAAAAUCAAGGGACUGAAAUUCAAGAUACCAAAGAUCUCUGGACCGAACAUAUCGAUGCCUGAUGUGGAUUUUGAUCUUAAAGGCCCGAAUUUCAAAGGUGACAUUGAUGUGUCAGUCCCAAAUAUCGAGGGUUAUGUUAAAGCACCGGAAAUGGACAUUAAAGGUCCAAAAAUUGACAUAAAAGGACCCAAUACUGGAUUUGAAAUGCCCAAAAUCAAAAUGCCAGGAUUUGGCUUUAAAGGUCCAAAACUGGAGGGUCCUGAUGUUGACAUUAACCUUCCCAAGGCUGAUAUUGAUGUCAAAGUUCCUGAAGUUGAUGUAAAUAUCUCAAAACCUGAUGUGAACAUUAAAGGUCUAAACAUGGACAUUGAAGGACCAGAUCUUGACAUUGACAGUCCCAGUGCAAAAAUCAAGGGACUGAAAUUCAAGAUACCAAAGAUCUCUGGACCGAACAUAUCGAUGCCUGAUGUGGAUUUUGAUCUUAAAGGCCCGAAUUUCAAAGGUGAAAUUGAUGUGUCAGUCCCAAAUAUCGAGGGUGAUGUUAAAGCACCGGAAAUUGAUAUUAUAGGUCCAAAAAUUGACAUAAAAGGACCCAAUACUGGAUUUGAAAUGCCCAAAAUCAAAAUGCCAGGAUUUGGCUUUAAAGGUCCAAAACUGGAGUGUCCCGAUGUUGACAUUAACCUUCCCAAGGCUGAUAUUGACGUCAAAGUCCCUGAUGUCGACCUGAAAGGCCCAGAAGUUGAUAUAAAUCUAACAAAACCUGAUGUGGAUAUUAAAGGUCUAAACAUGAACAUUGAAGGACCAGAUCUUGACAUUGACAGUCCCAGUGGAAAAAUCAAGGGACCGAAAUUCAAGAUGCCAAAGAUCUCAGGGCCAAAGAUCUCUAUGCCUGAUCUGGAUUUUCACCUGAAAGGCCCAAAUCUCAAAGGUGAUGUUGAUGUGUCAGUUCCAAAUAUCGAGGCUGAUAUUAAAGCGCCGGAAAUGGAUAUCAAAGGCCCAAAAGCUGACAUCAAGGGGCCAAAGAAAGGUUUUGAAAUGCCCAAAAUUAAAAUGCCAGGAUUUGGCUUUAAAGGUCCAAAAUUGGAGGGUCCUGAUGUUGACAUUAACCUUCCCAAAGCUGAUAUUGACGUCAGAGUCCCUGAGAUUGACCUGAAAGGCCCAGAAAUUGAUAUAAAUCUCCCAAAUCCUGAUGUGGAUAUUAAAUGUCCCAAAAUGGACAUUGCAGGACCGGAUCUUGACAUUGACAGUCCCAGUGGAAAAAUCAAGGGACCGAAAUUCAAGAUGCCAAAGAUCUCAGGACCGAACAUAUCGAUGCCUGAUGUAGAUUUUAACAUUAAAGGCCCGAAUUUUAAAGGUGACAUUGAUGUGUCAGUCCCAAAUAUCGAGGGUGAUGUUAAAGCACCGGAAAUUGAUAUUAAAUGUCCAAAAAUUGACAUAAAAGGACCCAAUACUGGAUUUGAAAUGCCCAAAAUCAAAAUGCCAGGAUUUGGCUUCAAAGGCUCAAAACUGGAGGGUGCUGAUGUUGACAUUAACCUUCCCAAAGCUGAUGUGGAUAUGAAAUGUCCUAAAAUGGACAUUGAAGGACCGGAUCUUGACAUUGACAGUCCCAGUGGAAAAAUCAAGGGACCAAAAUUCAAAAUGCCAAAGAUCUCAGGACCGAACAUAUCGAUGCCUGAUGUAGAUUUUAACCUGAAAGGCCCGAAUUUCAAAGGUGACAUUGAUGUGUCAGUCCCAAAUAUUGAGGGUGAUGUUAAAGUGCCGGAAAUGGACAUUAAAGGUCCAAAAAUUGACAUAAAAGGACCCAAUACUGGAUUUGAAAUGCCCAAAAUCAAAAUGCCAGGAUUUGGCUUUAAAGGUCCAAAACUGGAGGGUGCUGAUGUUGACAUUAACCUUCCCAAGGCUGAUAUUGACGUCAAAGUCCCUGAUGUCGACCUGAAAGGCCCAGAAGUUGAUAUAAAUCUCCCAAAACCUGAUGUGGAUAUUAAAGGUCUAAACAUGGACAUUGAAGGACCAGAUCUUGACAUUGACAGUCCCAGUGGAAAAAUCAAGGGACCGAAAUUCAAGAUGCCAAAGAUCUCAGGUCCAAAGAUCUCCAUGCCUGAUCUGGAUUUUCACCUGAAAGGCCCAAAUCUCAAAGGAGAUGUUGAUGUGUCAGUUCCAAAUAUCGAGGCUGAAAUUAAAGCGCCGGAAAUGGAUAUCAAAGGCCCAAAAGUUGACAUCAAGGGACCAAAGAAAGGUUUUGAAAUGCCCAAAAUCAAAAUGCCAGGAUUUGGCUAUAAAGGUCCAAAACUGGAGGGUGCUGAUGUUGACAUCAACCUUCCCAAGGCUGAUAUUGACGUCAAAGUCCCUGAAGUUGACUUGAAAGGCCCAGAAGUUGAUAUAAAUCUCCCAAAACCUGAUCUGGAUAUUAAAGGUCUAAACAUGGACAUUGCAGGACCAGAUCUUGACAUUGAGAGUCCCAGUGGAAAAAUCAAGGGACCAAAAUUGAAGAUGCCAAAGAUCUCAGGGCCAAAGAUCUCCAUGCCUGAUGUGGAUUUUCACCUGAAAGGCCCAAAUCUCAAAGGUGAUGUUGAUGUGUCAGUUCCAAAUAUCGAGGCUGAUGUUAAAGCACCGGAAAUGGACAUCAAAGGCCCAAAAGUUGACAUCAAGGGAUCAAAGAAAGGUUUUGAAAUGCCCAAGAUCAAAAUGCCAGGUUUUGGCUUUAAAGGUCCAAAACUGGAGGGUUCUGAUGUUGACAUUAACCUUCCCAAGGCUGAAAUUGGCGUCAGAGUCCCUGCAGUUGACCUGAAAGGCCCAGAAGUUGAUAUAAAUCUCCCAAAACCUGAUGUGGAUAUUAAAGGUCUAAAAAUGGAAAUUGCAGGUCCAGCUCUUGACAUUGACAGUCCCAGUGGAAAAAUCAAGGGACCAAAAUUGAAGAUGCCAAAGAUCUCAGGGCCAAAGAUCUCCAUGCCUGAUGUGGAUUUUCACCUGAAAGGCCCAAAUCUCAAAGGUGAUGUUGAUGUGUCAGUUCCAAAUAUCGAGGCUGAUAUUAAAGCACCAGAAAUGGACAUCAAAGGCCCAAAAGUUGACAUCAAGGGACCAAAGAAAGGGUUUGAAAUGCCCAAAAUCAAAAUGCCAGGAUUUGGCUUUAAAGGUCCAAAACUGGAGGGUCCUGAUGUUGACAUCAACCUUCCCAAGGCUGAUAUUGACGUCAAAGUCCCUGAAGUUGACCUGAAAGGCCCAGAAGUUGAUAUAAAUUUCCCAAAACCUGAUGUGGAUAUUAAAGGUCUCAACAUGGACAUUGAAGGACCAGAUCUCGACAUUGACAGUCCCAGUGGAAAAAUCAAGGGACCAAAAUUGAAGAUGCCAAAGAUCUCAGGGCCAAAGAUCUCCAUGCCUGAUGUGGAUUUUCACCUGAAAGGCCCAAAUCUCAAAGGUGAGGUUGAUGUGUCAGUACCAAAUAUCGAGGGUGAUAUUAAAGCACCGGAAAUGGACAUUAAAGGUCCCAAAAUUGACAUAAAAGGCCCCAAAGCUGGAUUUGAAAUGCCCAAAAUGAAAAUGCCAGGAUUUGGCUUUAAAGGUCCAAAAUUGGAGGGUCCUGAUGUUGACAUCAACCUUCCCAAGGCUGAUAUUGACGUCAAAGUCCCUGAAGUUGACCUGAAAGGCCCAGAAGUUGAUAUAAAUCUCCCAAAACCUGAUGUGGAUAUUAAAGGUCUCAACAUGGACAUUGAAGGACCAGAUCUCGACAUUGACAGUCCCAGUGGAAAAAUCAAGGGACCAAAAUUGAAGAUGCCAAAGAUCUCAGGGCCAAAGAUCUCCAUGCCUGAUGUGGAUUUUCACCUGAAAGGCCCAAAUUUCAAAGGUGAUGUUGAUGUGUCAGUACCAAAUAUCGAGGGUGAUAUUAAAGCACCAGAAAUGGACAUUAAAGGUCCCAAAAUGGACAUAAAAGGCCCCAAAGCUCGAUUUGAAAUGCCCAAAAUGAAAAUGCCAGGAUUUGGCUUUAAAGGUCCAAAAUUGGAGGGUCCUGAUGUUGACAUUAACCUUCCAAAGGCUGAUAUUGACGUGAAAGUCCCUGAUGUUGAUCUGAAAGGCCCAGAUGUUGAUAAAAAUCUCCCAAAACCUGAUGUGAAUAUUAAAGGUCUAAACAUUGACAUUGAAGGACCAGAUCUUGACAUUGACAGUCCCAGUGGAAAAAUAAAGGGACCAAAAUUUAAGAUGCCAAAGAUCUCAGGACCUAACGUAUCGUUGCCAGAUGUAGAUUUUAACCUGACAGGCCCGAAUUUCAAAGGUGACAUUGAUGUGUCAGUCCCAAAUAUCGAGGGUGAUGUUAAAGCACCGGAAAUUGACAUUAAAGGUCCCAAAAUUGACACAAAAGGCCCCAAAGCUGGAUUUGAAAUGCCCAAAAUGAAAAUGCCAGGAUUUGGCUUUAAAGGACCAAAACUGGAGGGUGCUGAUAUUGACGUCAAAGUCCCUGAAGUUGAUCUGAAAGGCCUAGAAGUUGAUAUAAAUCUCCCAAAACCUGAUGUUGAUAUUAAAUGUCCUAAAAUGGACAUUGAAGGACCAGAUCUUGACAUUGACAGUCCCAGUGGAAAAAUCAAGGGACCAAAGUUCAAGAUGCCAAAGAUCUCAGGGCCAAAGAUCUCUAUGCCUGAUCUGGAUUUUCACCUGAAAGGCCCAAAUCUCAAAGGUGAUGUUGAUGUGUCAGUUCCAAGUAUAGAGGCUGAUAUUAAAGCGCCGGAAAUGGAUAUCAAAGGCCCAAAAGUUGAUAUCAAGGGACCGAAGAAAGGGUUUGACAUGCCCAAAAUCAAAAUCCCAGGAUUUGGUUUUAAAGGUCCAAAACUGGAGGGUCCUGAUGUUGACAUUAACCUUCCCCAGCCCAAUGUUGAUGUCAAAGUCCCUGAGGUUGACCUGAAAGGCCCAGAGGUUGAUAUAAAUAUCCCAAAACCUGAUGUGGAUAUUAAAGGUCUAAACAUGGACAUCGAAGGACCAGAUCAUGACAUUGACAGUCCUAGUGGAAAAAUAAAGGGCCCGAAAUUCAAGAUGCCAAAGAUCUCUGGACCAAGGAUAUCCAUGCCGGAUGUGGAUUUUAACGUGAAAGGCUCAAAUUUCAAAGGUGACAUUGAUGUGUCGGUACCAAAUAUCGAGGGUGAUAUUAAAGCACCGGAAAUUGACAUAAAAGGGCCCAAAGCUGGGUUUGAAAUACCCAAAAUGAAAAUGCCAGGAUUUGGCUUUAAAGGUCCAAAACUGGAGGGUCCUGAUGUUGACAUUAACCUUCCCAAGGCUGAUAUUGACGUCAAAUUCCCUGAAGUUGACCUGAAAGGCCCAGAAAUUGAUAUAAAUUUCCCAAAAGCUGACGUGGAUAUGAAAUGUUCUAAAAUGGACAUUGAAGGACCGGAUCUUGACAUUGACAGUCCCAGUGGAAAAAUCAAGGGACCGAAAUUCAAGAUGCCAAAGAUCUCAGGACCCAACAUAUUGAUGCCUGAUGUGGAUUUUGAUUUUAAAGGCCCGAAUUUCAAAGGUGACAUUGAUGUGUCAGUCCCAAAUAUUGUCGGUGAUGUUAAAGCACCGGAAAUGGAUAUUAAAGGUCCAAAAAUUGACAUAGAAGGACCCAAUACUGGAUUUGAAAUGCCCAACAUUAAAAUGCCAGGAUUUGGCUUUAAAGGCCCAAAACUGGAGGGUGCUGAUGUUGACAUUAACCUUCCCAAGGCUGAUAUUGACGUCAAAGUCCCUGAUGUCGACCUGAAAGGCCCAGAAGUUGAUAUAAAUAUCCCAAAACCUGAUGUGGAUAUUAAAGGUCUAAACAUGGACAUUGAAGGACCAGAUCUUGACAUUGACAGUCCCAGUGGAAAAAUCAAGGGACCAAAAUUCAAGAUUCCAAAGAUAUCAGGACCAAGCAUCUCCAUGCCUGAUGUAGAUUUCCACCUCAAAGGUCAGAAUCUCAAAGGCGACGUUGAUGUGUCAGUGCCAAACAUUAAGGGUGAAAUCAAAACACCAGAAAUGGAUAUCAAAGGCCCAAAACUUGACAUCAAGGGACCCAAAGCUGGAUUUGAAAUGCCCAAAAUGAAAAUACCAGGAUUUGGCCUGAAAGGUCCCAAACUUGAGGGUCCAGGUGUCGACAUCAAUCUUCCCAGUGGCCAGGGGGCAAGGGUCGGCGUCAACAUCGGUAAUGUUGACAUUCAUGGGCCCAAGGUGGAUGUCAAUCUCCCUGAAGCUGAAUUGGACAUAAAAGGGUCCAACUUAGGCUUUGAAGGACCAGAUAUUGACAUUGACAGUCCCAGUCGGAAGAUCAAGGGUCCAAAAUUCAAGAUGCCAAAAAUCUCAGGACAAAAUAUUUCACUACCAGAUGUUGAUUUCCAUCUUAAAGGCUCCAAACUAAAGGGGGAUCUGGAUCUGACAACACCAAAUGCUGAAGGAGCUAUAAAAACACCAGGAAUUGAUAUUAAUAGUCCAGACAUUGACAUCAAGGGACCUAGCAUUGGGUUUGAAUUGCCAAAAUUCAAAAUGCCAGACUUUGGCUUCAAAGGUCCAAAUGUAGAGGGUCCUGACAUUGACAUCAAUCUCCCCAAAGCAAAUAUUGAUGUCAAUAUCCCUGAAUUUGAUGUCAGUCUCCCAAAAACUGAUGUCGAUGUCAAGGGUCCAAAUUUUGAAGUUGAAGUACCAGAUGUUGACAGUGACAGUCCAAGUUGGAAGAUCAAGGGCCCUAAACUGAAGAUGCCAAAAAUCUCAGGACCAAAUAUUAAUAUGCCAAAUCUGGAUUUCACUCUGAAAGGCCCUAAACUCAAAGGUGAUGUUGAUGUGUCAGUUCCAAAUAUUGAAGGGGACAUUAAAACACCAGAAUUGGACAUCAAAGGCCCAAAUAUUGACAUUGAGGGCCCUAAAACUGGAUUGGAAUUGCCAAUCAAAAUGCCAGGAUUUGGCUUUAAAGGUCCAAAACUGGAGGGUGCUGAUGUUGACAUUAACCUUCCCAAGGCUGAUAUUGACGUCAAAGUCCCUGAUGUCGACCUGAAAGGCCCAGAAGUUGAUAUAAAUAUCCCAAAACCUGAUGUGGAUAUUAAAGGUCUAAACAUGGACAUUGAAGGACCAGAUCUUGACAUUGACAGUCCCAGUGGAAAAAUCAAGGGACCAAAAUUCAAGAUUCCAAAGAUAUCAGGACCAAGCAUCUCCAUGCCUGAUGUAGAUUUCCACCUCAAAGGUCAGAAUCUCAAAGGCGACGUUGAUGUGUCAGUGCCAAACAUUAAGGGUGAAAUCAAAACACCAGAAAUGGAUAUCAAAGGCCCAAAACUUGACAUCAAGGGACCCAAAGCUGGAUUUGAAAUGCCCAAAAUGAAAAUACCAGGAUUUGGCCUGAAAGGUCCCAAACUUGAGGGUCCAGGUGUCGACAUCAAUCUUCCCAGUGGCCAGGGGGCAAGGGUCGGCGUCAACAUCGGUAAUGUUGACAUUCAUGGGCCCAAGGUGGAUGUCAAUCUCCCUGAAGCUGAAUUGGACAUAAAAGGGUCCAACUUAGGCUUUGAAGGACCAGAUAUUGACAUUGACAGUCCCAGUCGGAAGAUCAAGGGUCCAAAAUUCAAGAUGCCAAAAAUCUCAGGACAAAAUAUUUCACUACCAGAUGUUGAUUUCCAUCUUAAAGGCUCCAAACUAAAGGGGGAUCUGGAUCUGACAACACCAAAUGCUGAAGGAGCUAUAAAAACACCAGGAAUUGAUAUUAAUAGUCCAGACAUUGACAUCAAGGGACCUAGCAUUGGGUUUGAAUUGCCAAAAUUCAAAAUGCCAGACUUUGGCUUCAAAGGUCCAAAUGUAGAGGGUCCUGACAUUGACAUCAAUCUCCCCAAAGCAAAUAUUGAUGUCAAUAUCCCUGAAUUUGAUGUCAGUCUCCCAAAAACUGAUGUCGAUGUCAAGGGUCCAAAUUUUGAAGUUGAAGUACCAGAUGUUGACAGUGACAGUCCAAGUUGGAAGAUCAAGGGCCCUAAACUGAAGAUGCCAAAAAUCUCAGGACCAAAUAUUAAUAUGCCAAAUCUGGAUUUCACUCUGAAAGGCCCUAAACUCAAAGGUGAUGUUGACGUGUCAGUUCCAAAUAUUGAAGGGGACAUUAAAACACCAGAAUUGGACAUCAAAGGCCCAAAUAUUGACAUUGAGGGCCCUAAAAUCAAAAUGCCAGUAUUUGACAUGAAAGGUCAAAAACUAGAGGGUUCUGACAUUGACAUCAAUCUACCCAAGGCCAAUGUUGAUGUCAAGGUCCCUGAAAUUGAUGUCAGUCUCCCCAAAACGGAUGUAGACAUCAAGGAUCCAGAUUUUGACAUUGAAUUACCAGAUGUUGACAUUGACAGUCCAGGUUGGAAGAUCAAGGGGCCUAAAUUGAAGAUGCCAAAAGUGUCAGGACCAAACAUCACCAUGCCAACCCUGGAUUUAAAUUUGAAAGGCCCUAAUCUUAAAAGUGAUGUAGAUAUAUCCGUACCAAAAAUCAAGGGAGAUGUAAAACCACCAGAACUUGAAAUUAAAGAUUGCAAAGUUGACAUUCAAGGGCCUCAGGGCGUAUUUGAAUUACCAAAAUUUAAAAUUCCAGAAUUUGGACUUAAAGGUCCUACUGUAGAGGGACCUGAAUUUGACACAAGCCUCCCUAAAAUUAAGGGUAAUAUUGAAGGAAAUAUUCAAUUGCCAAAAGCUGAACUUGGUGUGGAAGAUGUAACUGUUGAUGUGCCAGGAAUCAGCACAAAGAAAACUAAAUUCAAAAUGCCCAAGUUUGGUUUCCGGGGUCCAAAGAUAAAGACCCCAGAAAUUGAUGUGAAACAGGCUCAAGGAGAAAUUAACAUCAAAGGGAAGACUGGUAGUAUUGAACGACUGGAUGUUGACAUGGAUGUAACGGGCCCCAAAAUAAAAGGAUCAAAAUUUAAGAUGCCAAAAUUUGGUUUCAAAAUUCCCAAGGUGGAACUUCCAGGAGCUGAUCUCAAUGUAUCUCAAGGCAGUGGAGAAAUGCAAUUUCCUAACGUUGACAUUAAAGGCCCAGAAGUAAAAAGUGCGGAUCCCAAUUUAAAAGUAAAAGAAACAAACCUCAAAAUGCUAUCUCUUACAGGAAAAAAAAAUUCCCUCCCUGAUGUUGAUUUUAUUAUUGAAAGUCCUAAAGUCAAAGUUGACACAGACGUUUCAUUUCCAAAAGCUGACAUUGAUGUAAAGGUAACAAGUGUAGAUGUAAAAGGUCCAGAAUUCCAGGGGCCAAAUCUUGACAUCAACCUUCCAAAGGGGGGUAUUGAUGUCAAAGUCCCUGAGAUGGAUGUUGAAGGGUCAAAUGUUGAUAUGAGUCUCCCCAAAGCUAAUGUGGCGAUUAGGGGACCCAAAGUAGAUAUUGGAGUACCAGAGGUUGACAUUGACCAUCCCAGUGGAAAGAUCAGGGGACCAAAAUUCAAGACACCAAAACUCUCUGGACCAAAUAUAACUAUGCCAAAUCUUGAUUUGCAUCCAAAAGGCCUUAAACUCAAAGGCAAUGUAGAUGUGGGACUACCCAAUGUUGAAGGUGACAUAAAAGUACCACAAAUGGAAAUCAAAAGUUCCGAAGUUGACAUUAAGGGGGGGUCCAAGAGUGGAUUUGAAUUACCAAAAAUGAAAAUGCCAGACUUUACCUUCAAAGGUCCAAAACUGGAGGGUCCAGAUGUUGACAUAAACAUGCCCAAAGCCAACAUUGAUGUUCCUGAGGUUGAAUUUACAGACCCAAAAUUUGAUGUCAAUGUACCUUCAGCUGAUCUGGACAUUAAGGCCCCUGACUUGGACUUUGAAAAGCCAGAUGUUGACAUUGACAGUCCCAGUGGUAAGAUCAAGGGACCAAAAUUCAAAAUGCCAAAAAUAUCAGACCCAAAGGUCUCCAUGCCUGAUGUUGAUUUGCACAUGGCGGGUGCUAAACUUAAAGGUGAUGUUGAUGUGUCACUAUCAAAUAUUGAGGGAGACAGCAAAGCACCAGUAAUUGAUAUCAAAGGCCCUAAACUUGACACCAAGGGACCCAAGACUGAAUUUGAAAUGCCAAAAAUCAAAGUACCAGACUUUGGAUUUAAAGGUCCCAAACUAGAAGGUCCCGAUGUUGACAUCAACCUUCCUAAGGGCAAUGUUGAAGUCAGAAUCCCUGAGGUUGACCUCCAAGGGCCAGAAUUUGAUCUUAAUCUCCCCAAAGAUGAUUUGGACAUUACGGGUCCAAAAUUGGAAUUUGAAGCACCAUAUGUUAACAUUGACAGUCCCACUGGGAAGAUCAAGGGACCAAAAUUAAAAAUACCAAAAGUCUCUGCACCGACUGUCACCAAACCCGAUUUCAAUCUGAAAGGUUCCAGUGUCAAAGGAGAUGUAGGGUUGUCAGUACCUAAUAUUGAGGGAAAGAUCAAAAGCCCAGAAAUGGAUUUAAAAGGCUCAAAUGUUGACAUGAAGGGUUAUACAGGUGGAUUUGAAAUUCCUAAAUUGAAAAUGCCACAGUUUGGCUUCCAAGGUCCUAAACUGGAGGGCCCAGACAUUCAUGUCAACAUUCCCAAAGGUAAUUUUGAUGCCAAGGCCUCUGAGGUUGGCGUUCAUGCUCCAGAAGUUGAUGUUAGUCUCCCAAAAGCUAAUGUAAAAGGGUCAAAAUUCAACAUUGAAGGACCACAUUUUGAUAUUAAGAGUCCCAGUGGUAAGAUCGAGGUACCGAAAAUAAAAAUGCUACAAAUCACGGGACCAAACAUCUCCACACCAAAUGCUGAUUUAAAUUUGAAAAAUCCUGACCUCAAAGGUGGGAUAUAUAGGUCUGCACCAAAUUCUGAUGGGGAAAUCACAGGACCAGAAUUGGAUAUCAGAGGUCCAAACAUUAAGGCUCCAACAGGUGCAUUUGAAAGUUCAAAUAUGAAAGGAGAUUUGUCAUAUCCUGACAUGGAUGUCAGCAUAAAGGGAAAGAAGGGAAAAUUUAAACUCCCUAAGGUGGCAGGAAAGGGAAAGAAACCGGAUUUCGAAACAGAAACACAGACAAUUGAUGUGACGGCAGGAACAUCUAAUAUUGACGUCCAAAGAACAAAAGUGAAAAAACCUAUUUUUGGUAAACUCCAUUUUCCUGACGUAGAACUUGAUAUCAAAUCCCCAAAAGUCAAAGGCGAGGUAUCUUUAUCUGAGGAGUUGAAAUCCCCCACCGUCGAGUUACAGAGUUCUGUUACCAGCGGUCCAAAUAUUAGUUACGAAGGCUCAGACGUGAGAUUAAAGACUCCCCAGAUGAAAAUGCCAAACAUUGAAAUUUCUCCUGCAGGUGGCACAUUUAGAGGCCUUCAAUAUCCCGAAGGUACAGUAACAUUUCCCAAGCUCAAGGUACCAAAGUUUGGUUUUAGUCUGCCCCACUUUGAGGGCCAGGAGGGUAAUAGUAAGGUUGAAACCAAUAUUUCAGCUAGUGGAAAACUUGACUGUUCACAGGAUAUUGCAGUUUCAAGUCCAGAAAUAAGGCAAAGUGAAGGAAAAAUGAAGGUGAAGAUACCAAAUUUCUUUGGCAAAUCAAAAGCAAAGGGCAGGAGUGCAGGGGACCUUCGGGUAACAGAUAUAGAACUGAGUACAAAUGAUAAAUGCGACGUCUCAAAAGGUUUCCGUGUACAUAGUGGAGAGGGAAAACUACAAUUUGAAGGUGAUGCUGGACUCAGUGUUUCACCUAAAAGCAAGUCAGCAUCACUGGAUCUUUCCAAGAAGUCAAGACAUCGAUCUUCCUCUCUGAGCGAUGAGGGUGGACUUGCAGUUGCUUCCCCUUUAGGAGAACUUGAAGCAGAGGGUAGUGAUAUUUCAUUAGACCUCAAAGGACCAAAGGUCAAAGGAAAAAAAGGCAAGUUGAAGUUUGGGACCUUCGGAGGUUUUGGUUCCAAGUCAAAGGGCUCGUAUGAAGUGUCGUAUGGUGAAGGCAGUAAAGCAGGAGUUGAAGGCAGUGCAGGUGUGUCGUUAGCCACCCCCAAAUCCAGAUUGUCCUCAUCGUCCAGCAGUGAUAGUGGGUCAAGGGCUGCUUUAAAGUUCCCCAAAAUUGAACUGUCUGUAUCCCCUAAAAAUGAUUAAAUUGUUGAUGGCUUAAACUGAAGCCCCUACAGUAAAAACCUAAGCGCCAUAUCCAGAUAUGGUUGAUACCAGACAUACAGUAUAUACUGUUAUCAAAUCCCAUCAUCCUCAUCAUUUUCAAACCUCGCAGUGAUCAACAGAAAGGUGAGGGAUACUUUAAGGCCCCAUAAAACUGUAAAUAAAAUAUAUUGUAAUAAAUAUUGUUUGUCUGUACAUAGUCAAGAUUUAUUGAGAAUAUACCAUCUCGCCAAAUUUUCCACUAACAAUGUAUUACCGACAAUAUUUUGUCCUGCUUUAUUCAAUUAAAUGUUGUUCAUGAAUCGGUGUGGUUUAAUUUCAUGCAGGGUCUGUUUCGCUGAACAGUCAAAGUAGUUAUUUUGAAGGAACAUGUAGUUUAUACACAAAUAUAAAGAGUUUCCAGUUUUAGUCAGAAGCUUUGAUUUUCGUUUUUUUUUGUAUAAUCCAUCAUUUGCAUCUUAAAACUGGGUCUGUGUAACAUACUCUUUAAGUUUGGUCAUGUUUUAUAGAUCAUAAUUGCACAGACAAGUCAUUAUCUUUAGAUACAUCUUUUCCAAAUGCACCUUGUCAUCCUUGAAUGACUGUCCACAAUUGCGCUACAUUUUUUAUUUUUUUUGUACAAUUCACCUGGUCUUCUUUUCCACCCUUCAUACAGCAUUAAAUGUCAUAUAAAAUAAAUGCCAUUGUUAGUGUCAUUAGAUAUAUUUCAUCCAGAGAGAUAUUUGAUGCGAUAUGUGCACACAGAGUAUGAAUCAUUUGUUUUUUCUCUUGUGUGCAUUCUGUCUGAAAAACUAAUUAAAAUGUAUAGAAUGUAUCAUA